UUCAAGGCAGCGUCGAGCAGCAGAUGGAGCCCUCGCGCCAGCGGCUCUCGCGGAUGAAAGUGAGACUUUCGACUGCGUUUAUUAACAGCUUCACCGCCGUCAGACAGACUCAUUCGGUGAGGAAGAGAGACAGAUAAACAGAGAGCAGCUCUGGGUCAUGGUGGACGCUCGUUGUUUUCUGGUUCAGAGGUUAAUUAAUUACAGGAACUCAUCGGGGGUGUGUGCUGCUGUUAGCUAACAGCGGCGCGUGCCGACCGUCGGAACGACACUUUUUUUGUUAUCCCACAGAGGAGCGUCCUAACUUUGUAACAACCGGGUUAUUAAAUGGGGAAAAUGACACUGAGGAUGAGCAGGAGAGACUACAAGACGACCUUUUCACCCAUGUCAUCUUCUGCUGACUGAUUUUUAUUUUUUUUUUACCCCGGCUUUCAGUCCUGUUGGUGCCGCAUGAAAUUUGAAAGCACGUCACUCUUUUUUUAAAGCUCACCUCCAAAACAAAAACCAAGUGGAUGUGAUCUUCAGCAUGGACCUAAGCGUGACACACAGGUUGAUACAUCAAGGCCCAGAUUCGACCAUGUUAGCACACCAGCCUUCAUUUUUCCUGGGACAUCUCACAGCGGAACAAUUCUCUCAAUUUUCCCAGCAGCAUUUGCAGUAUAACUCUGAACAAAGGCAAAGAGAAAUGGAGGAGGAGAAGAGAGACGAGCUGCAGCAGCUGAUCCAAAAGAGUAAAAAUGAGCAGAGUGCUGUUGCCAGUCCACUUGUAAGGCAGAAACUUCGGGAACAUAUAAUAAUGAAGAAACAGCCUUCCCAUGACAGGAUUACCCCAAGUAGUAGUACUCCCCCAGGAUACAGGCUGCCAGUUUCUGACAUUUCCUCAAAGCCUCAAGCUACACCCAGUGACCAGCGUAAGGACCUCGCCCUGCGAAGAACAGUCUCUGAGCCCACACUGAAGUGGAAGUUAAAGAAAAUCAUCACCACGAGGCCUAACCCGCUGCAGCGAAAGAUCAGUGCCCCUCCUGAUGUCAAACACAGGACAGAAACUCUGGACUCUUCCCCAAGCAGCAGCGCCUCAGCAUCAGGGUGCAGCUCACCAAAUGACAGCCUCAUUUCAGACAACGGCUCCUUUUCUCUGACUGCUGAGUCUAAGGGGUUGCUGUUGAAGAACGGUAGUUUACCUCUUUUUACCAGGACCAGCAACACUACUGCAGGGCACAACAUCACAGCUGGACUUCCUGCACAGGCUGACUUGUGUGCGGUAAAGCCCUUGACCAUAUCAGCUCUGCAACCUGUCUACCUGCCUCCACGCCUGCUGUUGCCCUCCAAGUUCGUUCCUUUUCAAGGUUUGACUUCCAUUCCUCAGCAGCAGCAUCCUCGCCUCUCCUCCCCCUCCAGGAGAGAAGGUUUAGCCACCUUACCCUCCCACCCACCUGUGGAGCGAACACAUUCAGAGCCGUUACCCUACAACCACUCAGUCCUGCGCCUGCACACAAGCCACCAUCUUAACACCCCGUACCAUCUUCCCCCGCAAUUCCUCAAGCGCGGACUGGACAUGUCCAAGCGGAAUUCACAGCUGAGCAAGCUGAAUAUCAAAACCACUGAGAAGCCACGUCUGACACAGAUCCCAUCAGAGGAAAUGGACGUGGACCUGGAUGAGACCGGAUCAAUGUCGGGWUCGGGGACGGGGUCUUUGUGCGGCUCUGAACCUGGUUCACUGUGUGAGGACAGCCACAGCAGGAGGCAAAGCAACGCCAGCACAGACUCGUUUUAUGGCACAGAGUCCAACACCUCCUCCAGGGACAGCUUGAUCGAGACUUCGCAUCCUCUUAAUCAGAGGCAGGUGAUCCUUAGAUCAGGUCUCCAGACAGAUGCACUGGGCAUCCCUGCCUUACUUUGGCCCCACAUGUCUCACCCGCCGGUGAUCCGGACCCGGUCCUUACCAGCCACGGCCUCCCUGUCUCCUGCAACAGACACCAAGCUACGUUUCACAACAGGUUUAGUUUAUGAUGCUCAGAUGCUGAAGCACCAAUGUAGCUGUGGAGACAACAGCCGUCACCCUGAGCAUUCAGGAAGGAUACAAAGCAUCUGGUCCAGACUGCAAGAGAGAGGGCUGAGGAGCCACUGUGAGUGGAUCCGCAGCAGAAAGGCCACCCGUGAAGAGUUGCAGUCAGUUCAUUCUGAAAACCAUGUGUUAAUGUUUGGCAACAAGCUGGACAACCGCAGGCUUGCCGGACAUCGCAUUUUUGUGGAGUUACCAUGUGGAGGUGUUGGGGUAGACGUUGAUACAGUCUGGAAUGAACAACACACAGCUGUCGCUUCCCAGAUUGCUGCAGGUUGUGUCACAGACCUGGCACUGAAGGUGGCACAGAGGGAGCUGAAGAAUGGCUUUGCAGUGGUGAGGCCCCCUGGACACCAUGCAACCCGUUCCUCUCCUCUGGGCUUCUGUUACUUCAACUCUGUGGCCAUCGCAGCCAAGCAGCUCCAACAUAAGCUCAACGUCAGCAAGGUCCUGAUUGUAGACUGGGACGUGCACCAUGGCAACGGCACCCAGGAGGCCUUCUACGAUGACCCAAACGUGCUGUACAUCUCUCUGCAUCGCUACGAUGAUGGAAACUUCUUCCCUGGUAGUGGGCAUCCAAACGAGGUGGGUGCAGGUGCAGGCAAGGGCUUCAAUGUGAAUGUGGCAUGGACUGGAGGGUUAAAUCCUCCGAUGGGAGAUGCAGAAUAUCUGGCAGCAUUCAGAGCCGUGGUGAUGCCCAUCGCCCACGAGUUUUCCCCCGAUGUGGUGCUGGUGUCAGCUGGUUUUGAUGCUGUUGAAGGACAUCCGUCUUCAUUGGGAGGAUAUAAGGUCACAGCCAAGUGUUUCGGCUUCCUGACUCGUCAGCUGAUGUCGCUCGCCGGGGGCCGGGUAGUCCUCGCUCUGGAGGGGGGACAUGACCUCAAAGCCAUCUGCGACGCCUCUGAAGCCUGUGUCAGCGCCUUGCUGGGCAUGGAGGUGGAGCCUCUGGCCCAGUCUGUGUUGGACCAGAAGCCCUGUGAAAACGCAACACGCUCCCUGCAGAGAGUCGUCCAGAUUCAGGGUGAGUACUGGCAGAGCGUGAGGGAUUCAGUCGCCACCGUGGAUCUGUCCUACCUGCAGGCGCAGAGACACAGACUCAGGAGAGGUUCGGACAGCGAGGCAGCCAACGCCAUCGCCUCUCUGUCCAUGGGAUCCCUCCCAUCAGAACGGAAACAGCCUGAAAUAAUAUCGGAGAAAAAAGAUUCGAUGUGAGGAAAACGUCUGAUCCCUUGAGCCUUAACUUGGUGCCAACACACACGAACACAGAGACACGUACAAAAACUAUGCAUUCGGCUCGUCACUGGAAGCAGAACCUCCUGCAUUACUACUGUCUGCAGUCUGACCACUCAGGUUCAGACACACCGAGGAACAGAUGGACCACAUUCAUAUUCUCCUGAGGUCUCUUCCUGAAGGAGCUUUCAGUCGCUGAUCCCAGGUUUUAUUUUAUUUUUAAAGCCCAAAAGCAUAAAAAAUGAAGAAUCUGUACUUCCUCGUAGCACUGGGUGCAACACGAUGUAGCAUGAACAAAAGUGACUGUGCACAGGACCACUCAGACGACAGGUGUGACGGAGCAGGCAGGUGCUCCACAAAUUAAAAAUAACCCCUGCCAUUUUUCUGCAGGUGGCAAAAAAUGAAUGAAGAAAAACAAAGACUUUAUUUAUCUUCUUGCACUGUAUCGCUCUCCAACUGGACAAUAAUUGAGGAGAAGCGAGUCGACAAUCAAACACUUUGUUUGAUCUCUCUUUGAAUAUUCAUUCGUUUGACUCAUGGCGCUCGUUUUUUGUGAAUGUCAGUCUGAAAACCUUUCAGUAACCCAGAGUGAAGCUACAAUGAAAUCUGAGAUGCAUACUGUAUGUUUUUUAUUGGUUUUAUGUCCAYGUAUUUUCUUAAACCUCUUUUUGUUUUUUACUUCUUUCUUUCUUGGCCUGUCAGACGAGCACAUGCAGCGAGAGUUUAGAUAGCUGCAGUAAUUGGUUUCAGCCUCUGACAGAUGGAAGAAGACACAUCAGUCUUUCACGAAGUGUAUCUUAAACAUGUCAGCAUACUGUAAUUUGUACCGGUGGCAUUAGUCACGAUAAAUAGCUAAUACCUCUUCUCACCGGGGCAUCGAUGUGWCGGGAGGUGACGCUGAGACGUUCACGCGUGUCGUAAAGGACAGAAACCUCCCAUGAUGCCUCGGUGCAACGUGACCACUCAGUAAAGAUUGUAUCAUGUGACAACGCAGACCGCAUUUUUAUAUUUUGGAUUCAUGACAAUCACACAAAGUGCACUUACACUGCGUAAGGGUCAGGUAAUGUGGUGAAGUGUUUCUUGUGGAUGAGCAUUCCUGCUGCGUUUUUACAAUGUUUUACUAUUUUAUUCUUACUAAGGACAGUCGUCUAUUCUUGAUUUACAAAGCGCCGUGCCGUUUGUUGACAUGUUCAGGGGCAGCUUUGCUCCCUGGACCGAUCUGUGGCGUUUAGCAGCGAUGAUGGAGCAGAAACACUGAGGUAGUUGAACUUCUAGUCAGUGAUAUCCACACUCAAUUGGACACAGGUUACCGCAACCAGGGUUUAUGAGAACAAUGUGCUGUCCGAGGACUGGCAUGGCCUCAAAGACUUUGUGAAUGUUUCUUUUCUCUUUCCAAACAGUCAGAAAGCAUCAAACGCACAGAUCCAUAAACAGAAUCAUUUGACUUUAACAUGUAUUUAUAUUUUCAUAUCCUUGACGUGUCUUUGAUGUGUUCUGAUGCGUGUCUAACACAGUUAAGAUGGUGCUAAUACAGUAUGUUUGCUUUCUUUCCUGUUCUUUCUGAAGAUGCCUCUCAGAAGCUCUUUAAUACUUUUUAAAGUCAGAAAAAUGUGAAAUCGCAUGACGGCGGCAGAGCGACGGACGUUUCUGCAGUUUAUUGUAGCUUUAAACCAUUUUACAUGACAAAAACAAACUUUUUUGUUUCAUCCCUUUGUCUUAAUUAAUGCAGAUUGUUUGUUUUUUUAUAUGAUCUCAGAAAUGAAGCCUAGAGACCAAAUUAUCAGYUGAAUGAUCAUUCUGACUAACCUGUGAAAAUGAACCAUUUAAACUUCAAGUCUGCCUUUGGCAAAACUGACCAUUUGAUUUUGUUCCUGUACAGUGUAAAUAAUAACUUUUUGGUCUUUUUUUUCUACCUUUUUACCUUUCUGUUAUGUUUUAAGACAAUCUUUAAUAAAUUAUAUACAUUUGAAAGAGAUUUACUGUAUUUCUAUGAUCAUGUUUUGUCCUCUUGAGGUCCUCAAAAAGAUGUGUUUUUGUGCCAAAAACCAAACAAAUAAAUUCCUUCAUUAUUUACAUUAGGUAAAAUUUUAUUGUUGACAAAAGACAAAUGAUUAAAGCAAACGCGGAGGAAAAACGCUAAAGAAGAAACAUAAUCAAAAAGCUAUUUCUCACACAGUUACAAAACAUUCUGCUCUACUCUGCCUGUAAUCACCUCAUCAACACGUUGGCACAUUUUCUAAGAAACCUGCUGGUUUGUUUGUUUUUUUAAAAUUAUUACAAAGACAUUUUAAAGUCUCCACUUAGAGCACGACUUUCUGCAGCUACUUGCUCACAACAUGGGCUGAUAUGUAAAUAAACAGCUGCGAUCAGUGGGGUUUUUUUGUAUUAAAACAAGCAUAAGCAGUGCGUACACCAAAUUUACAUGAAUGCUUUAAAAAAAAAGACAGAAAGCUGUUGGGUUUACUGCAGUACAGAAAAGCAGAUCUGCAUCAGACUUCUUUUUUCAGCUCUUCCUCCUUCUCUUUUUAAGAGCCAGAGUGAUUAGCUUAUUAGUAUUUUAGCUGUAAACAUAAAUUGGCUGUGACCGCCCUCUAACCAUCGCUGUGCCAUCAUCAUUAGUCAUCCUAAUGUCUGUCAGGCUUGGAGCCAUCCAACCAGAAGAGGCCGCUGGCUCUGAUCACGGCGUUAUCGAAGGCACUCGCACCAGCAGCCAUUUGUUGUUUCAUUGUCACCGCAGGCCAGCUGUUUGUUCAUUUUUUUUUUUAUUUAUUUAUUUAUUUCUCAUCGUUCAGUCUUUUCAGCAGAGUCUGGGUCUCAGAGACACUUGGACACAUCAGGAGUCAAGCACUCGUCCGGAGAUAAAGAAGGGGGAAAAUAAAAA